AUGCAUUCUCACGAAGAAUUUACGCAAAAGCACAAACUGCGUGUGUUUGUUGGCACCUGGAAUGUCAACGGAGGCAAGCAUUUUCGCAGUGUGGCUCACAAACAUGAAUCAGUCACGGACUGGCUUUUGGACUUAGCCAAAACUAUCAAUCCGGAGGCGAAUUGGGGCUACAGAAAUCCGACAUACGACGGAGACCAAUUAAAUCGCCCCAUCGACAUGUUUGCCAUCGGAUUUGAAGAGAUUGUGGAUCUGACCACGAGCAACAUUGUGGCUGGUUCGAAACCAUCUGCUAAUCAACGUGAAUGGGGCCUUUUCUUGCAGCAUCAUUUGAAUCGGGAUGCACAUGAGCGUGAUACUUAUGUUGGAGCCACCUCGGUUUGCUUCGUGUGCAGUCACUUUGCCGCAGGUCAAUCUGCCGUACGCGAGCGAAAUGACGAUUUUCACGAAAUUUGUCGUCGUCUCGUCUUCCCCAGCGGACGCACUAUUCUCAGUCACGACUAUGUGUUCUGGUGUGGUGAUUUCAACUAUCGGAUAAACCUUUCCGGCCCGGAGGUCAAACGUCUGGUUGCCCAAUCGGCCUGGUCCGAUUUGCUCCGAUCCGAUCAACUAACUUUGGAGCGUCAGGCGGGUAAUGUGUUUCGCGGUUUUGAUGAGGGCCUUAUCCGAUUCGCACCGACCUACAAGUACGACUUGUUCUGUGAUGAUUACGACACAUCUGAGAAAGCUCGUUCACCUGCCUGGACUGAUCGCGUUCUGUGGCGUCGAGUGCGUUUGCAGUUCCCUGUCACUGAUCCGGACGGCUUGUUUGUGAUGCCAUCAACGGAUGCGAUUGACGAAACAUGGAGUCCGGGUCAGUUGGUUCUGUAUAAUCGGUCUGAGUUGAAAACAAGCGAUCACCGACCAGUGGCUGCUGUAUUCGACAUCGAUGUGUGUUCAGUCUCACGGAAUGCGCGAAGAAAAAUCGUUUUGAAAUGUAUCGAGGACUAUGGCUCGAUCGAUGCAAUGGUAGAACUGACCAUGCAGUUAGUCGAGGCUGUGUCACAACAGCCGGUUCCAAAUGACUCGUCUCACACGGCCCUAUAUCGCUGGCGUGAUUUCAUAGAUAAACUGAAAGUAAUUGCCGGUCUGAAACGCGGUGUGGUUUUACUGUAUCAAUUCACCGAACCAAAUACUAUACUCCUGACCUACGCAAAUCCCAUACAAGCUUCAGCUGCGGCCACAUUCAUGAAUGGCUACGUCACCCCGUGGUCCUCACCGGUCGGUUCGAGCAACAUCGAAGGCGGUUAUGAAAUCCACUUCAGCGCCCGAUUAUAUUCCCCUUACAACAACAGCAGGACGAACACAGUUUCAGAUGAUUCGAUGACAGAACUGGAAAAAACCGGGCGCUCUAUGUGGUACGAAACGAUGCAACGAUUGGUGGAGAUUGCCGAACGAGAUGAUGCAGCCGCUCACGGACCAGCGAUCACCGCGGAUGUUUAUCCUGCUAUCCUUCUUGCAGCUGCUCCGACACGACAAGCUCCACCGCGUCCAGCACCACCUCCUCGAAGACCCCCGCCUCCAUCGUCAAUCUCGUCAGGGACAAUCACCACGUCAUCGGAUUCGACAGCCGCCUCGUACCGAUUGCCACAAGAAUUCACUAAGUUUAGUUUAUCCGAGGACCCAGGCACCAUUCCUGCAGUUGAACAUGUGAAUGAGCCGCGGCGACACGCGCAAUACUACUCUCAGUCGGCCACUGCUAGCCCAGUUCAUGUGGCAUCUGUGUCUAAUUCGAUUCAGUCGCCCGUGAACACUGUCAUGUCAACUGAUAGUUGUGGUGGCUUAUUAUUACCCAACCCGAUCGAGAUGCAAACAGUCACCAGUUGUCUGGAUUUGCUUCAAGAUGGUAAUGAACAGCUCCUCAUCUUGAACGAUUCCAUCAACCGACCGGCGUCAUCCACAGAUUUAUGUACUCUCGGAUUCAACGCGCUGAACAAGCCAAAGCCCGUUGCGUAUGUAGAACCAAAUCCGACUGUUUGUUCAGCUCCGCUUCCCUUGAAUUCACAAGCACAAGCUCCUGUUCCACCUCCCAUCCCCAGACGACCUGCUCCUCCUCCACCAACGUCACACCCACCGUUGCUUCCAUCAAACACGGAAUCAAAACCUUCGGAUGACUUGCAACUGUAUGUUAACCAUUGCCAUUCGUUAUUUAAUACAUUCUCCGUUCACAAUACCAUGUGGCAUCAUGUCACACAUUCAUAA